UAAAGCUAUAAAUAAAAAAAUCUUAUGGAUUAUUGAAGUCAAAUCAUUUCUUAUAAGAUUUAAAAAUAAAAGUGGUGAUAUACGUUUUUAGUACAAAGUAAUGUUAAAUUUUAAGUUGAAUACUAAUUGUAAAUAUACCAGUUGCUAAUAGCAACAUCAUAACAGACAACAAACAACUGAUGUUGCUUUUUAAAUUAUUUUUUUACCAAUUAUCAUUUUAAAGUUUUUUUUAUUUUUUUAUUUUUAUAAAUUGUUUUUGUACGUUUGCAAGCUCAUAAUGAAAUUAAAUUCAGCUGAUCAAUUUUACGCUAUAAUAAAAUAUUGAUGACUUCUACAAACACUUCCAAAGCAUCGCCUUCAGAAACUUUUUAUAGUUUAGCAGAAUUGUAUGCAAGCACAGAGUUGUUGGAAGAUUGUUUAAAAAGUCUUGCAGAGAAUGCUCAACGAUUUGUCAAUGAAGCAACAAAAGACGAGGGAAAAUUUAAAACUGCAAAAGCUGCUGUGCUUGUGUUCAAUAUAUGUAAGAAGUUAGGUAUGCCUGUUGAAGUGCGGUAUCUUGCAGUUGAAGUGUUUGAUAAGUUUAUGUCAAAGCACAUUACGCAGCUUCAAGAAGUAAUUAGCAGCUCUUCCAGCAGCAAUAAAAAAGUUGAUUGGGCUUCUGUUGAACGACGAGUCAUUGAUCAAAUACCACUAAGAGCAAUUUCUUGUGUACAAAUAGCCAGUAAAAUUGUAUCUAAUUACAAGGCUUUGUCUCCUUUAAAAGUAAAGAACUUUUUGACAAAUUCUGACUUACAUUUUUCUAUUGAAUGUGUUAUACGAUCAGAAAUGCGAGUUUUAAAAACAUUAGACUUUCGGCUGCCGUUUAUAUCUCCAUUGACAUAUGUUGAAAUGCUGCUAGAAGUUUUGCGUCGGAACUGCCCCGGGUUGCCUGCAACUGUUAUUCAUGAUGUUACGGUGAAGCUCUUAGAUGUUGUUUACAUAGAGCGAGAUGUUAUUUAUAAAUUAUUAGGAAACGCAACUGGCGUAGAGAUUGAUACAAAGCUAGCUAAUGAUAGCUUUCUUCUGGCAACUUCUAUUAUUGUCGCCGCGGCCUAUAUUGUUGACUCAGAGUCAAGCGAUAGCUUCAUUGAGCAGAUGUCACUUAUAACGACAAUAAAAGAAGCAGAUAUAAUUAUAUUUUCAACUGUGUUAGUUAAAGUCGCAUUAGAUUUAUAAAGUCAAAAUUAGUUUACAUUGUAAAGCUAAGCUUCUCAAUACCUAGUACCUGGAACGAUACUUUUGUACCCAAUACCUUUGUCGCAUUUGUUUUUAGUAAUCCAACUUGAGUGUUGUGAUUCUGUUUUAUUUAAAUCUAGUUUAAUAUUGUAAAUUUAAAAAUUAAUUAAAUUGCUAUAUCGAGUCA